AUGGAACUCGUUUGUGGAGAAUCUUCACCCGAAUUGAUCCAAAUUGUAAUUCCGGAGAAAAAUGAAAAUACAUUUUCCAUAACUUAUUCAGCAUUUGAUGACAACAUUCUAAGUGAUGACCGAAUACUCGAACAAUUACUUCAAACCGAAGAACAUUACGUUCCCAAAGGAGUUCUCGAAUCGUAUAAAUGUACCCAAAGUGAAGUCGAGCCCUAUAUGCGCAAAGAAUUGGCAAAUUGGAUGCUUGAGGUUUGCGAGGAAACCAAUUGCGAAGAAGUGGUAUUUCCGGUUGCGAUGAAUUUUUUGGACCGCUUUUUGGUCGGCACUGAUAUACGCAAAAAUCAGUUACAAUUGGUUGGUGUGGUCUGUCUUCUCAUAGCAUCCAAACUAAGACAGUGUCAGAUACUGGACCCUCACGUCUUGAGUUAUUUUACUGAUUAUUCAGUGAGUGUUGAAGAGAUUAUUGGUUGGGAGUUAUUAGUGCUAAGAAGACUACAAUGGGAUGUAUCAACAGUUGUGGCCACUGAUUAUUUGGACCAUUUGUUAGUCAGAAUCCCAGAAAUUAGUCCAAAACAGAGCAAUAAUUCACACGAAUAUAUGGAAUCAUUAAUUAGAAGACAUUCCUCUACUUUUAUCGCUCUUUGCACUACUGGUAAGUCUCUAUUCCUUAAUAUUUCUCUUAUCAUUAAUGUUUCAAAAACUAAAGAUAUUUAA